AUGUAUGCGAUAAGAUCGCGUGCGCGUCAAACCAGCUGGAGGGCAAGCGCAGAGGAUUCAGGUCAGAGUCGCCGAUGGUCUGGCAUUCUCCCCUUCCACGCUGCCCAGCAACUCGAUGAGGAAGCGGCAACCGAUGGCAGCAAGAGGGGCGAACCUUCGCCCGAAGAUGGAAGUCGACGAAAUGAGGGAAAUGACGUUGCAAAUUCUGCAAAGCUCAUUUCGCGUCCACCUGGAAGGCCUGGCUCUCAGGUUUCUACCGAUAGGAUCGAGCGUUUAACACAGCCAAAGCGAUUCAUGAGCAGAUCCACUUUGGAACCCUUUACUAUCAUGACGAGGUUCCCACAUGACAUCACCCCGUGGACGCAGUUCAAGUUCGUUGUGCUGGAUAGCUGGGUCAAGCUCCUGUAUCUGGCCACGCCCGUUGGCUUUGCCCUUUACUACAUCAACACGAAUCCCAUUGCAGUAUUCUGCAUCAACUUCCUGGCUGUUGUUCCCAGCACGGCUGCGUUAGGCUUCGCGGUGGAUGAGCUCAACCUCCACUUUGGCGGCUUCGUUGGCGGUUUGAUAGGCGCGACCGCCGGAAACGCGGUCCAGCUCAUCAGCUCCAUCCUGUUGUUGAAAUCCAGGCAGAUUGUUGUUCUGAAAGCGUCCCUGAUCGGCACGAUCCUCUCCAACGCGCUUCUCAUGACCGGUGCGGCGUUUUUCUUUGGAGGUAUCAACCGUGUUGAACAAUACCUCAACCACUCGGCAACGACAGCAAUCACUUCCAUCCUCCUUCUCGCGAGUCUCAGCAUGACUCUCCCUACGGCUUUUCGUCUCCUGACCGCCACGGCCCAGAAGUCUGUGCUGAAGCAAUCGCGUGGCGCAGCAGUCAUACUCAUCGUAUUGUAUGUUUGGUGGCUUCUCUUCCAAUUGAAGACGCACUCCGUGAUGCUUCGUGAGCCUAUUAAAAAGAUGAAGAGGAGACCCAAGGUCGAAUUGGUAGGCGUGGGAGGCCGAAUACACGAAGAACGUCUUCUUCACGAUGAAGAUGACGAGAAGGAACAACGAGCACCUGUCCUCACCAUUACCGGCUCUCUCAUAGCCAUAGCAAUAUCGGGGGUUCUUGUUGGAUUCCAUGGCGAAUUCGCGACCAACAGCGUGCAGGGACUCUGCCAGCAAGCCGUCAUUUCGCAGACUUUUGUCGGCUUCUUCAUCUUCCCCAUCAUCAGCUACGAUGUCGAGGCCCUGAAGCUGGGUGUAAAAGAUGAGCUGCCUUUUUGCAUCGCCCUAACACUAGAGAGAUGCGUACAAACGGCAUUGCUUGUUAUCCCGUUCUCGGUACUCCUCGCGUGGAUUUUGGGCAUCGACGAGAUGGAUAUGGAUUUUGGGGGGUUCCUCACCGUAGCACUGUCUAUUUCUAUUCUCCUUCUAACAUACGAAAUACAGAAUGCCAAGUCGACUUGGUUUCAAGGACUCAGACUGGUAAAAAUCUACGUUGUCAUUACACUUGCGACAUUCUACGUCCCCUGA